AUCGAAAAAAAAAAUCGAAGUAAUCGAAGAAAAGACCUACGACUAUAUAUACGUAUUCGCGAGUGGUUGUGAAUAAAAGCGAUUGAAUUGUGAAUCAAAUAUCAUUGGUUAAAGUGAAAUAUGUUAAAGAGAAAGAAAAAAGGAAACGAACACGUUUUUUUUUUCGGAGGUAACGAAGUGAACAACGUACACGAGUUGGUUACUAUGAAACGAAUCUUCUCUUAUCAGGGAAAAAUUUCACGGCUGAAUCACGUCGUAUGUUAGCCAUAUCUUGACGGAGUGAACUCAUCUCGUCGCAAAGGAUGGAAGGAAUAAUUCAAUCUUUCCGAAGCAGAACGAGCGAAAGUUUCGAAAAGCGCAUUCUUCGUGAUUUUCGCGGCUGGCUAUUGGUGGGGUCGACAACGACGAAGAGGACGAAUAGUUGGAUGGGAAAGAGCGAAUAUACCAGAGAAGAGAUAUCGUCAGACUGGCCGAGCCCGAAAGAGAACGCCUGACGCAAGAGUCUCGCGAUGAUAUCUUACGUUACCGUAAGUUUUCCUCGUUCUAAUUGGAUCUUGACGAUCGACCGAAGAGGAAUCGAAGUGGGAACUCCUUAACUUAAUCGGUCCAUGGAUCUCUCUUUGAAAAAUCGGAAAACGAGCGAUGCUAAGAGCAGUGGAAAAAUCGGAAAGAAUGAGAUUUUCCAAGAAAUAUGACCGACAGAAUAACGUAGUAUUGCUCGUGGCGGCUCUUUGACGUACGCCACGAAACGCUAAGGACUGAUAAAGAUUCGAAAAGAAGAAUAAAAAGAUAGAGAAAAAUUUGAUCUUCGAGAUAGGAGAAACUCUUUUCGUAGCGUUAUUCGGUUCUUUAUGGAUCCGUCUCGGUUCGGACACACGAUGUAAAGAAAGCAGCUGGAACAGCGAAGGAAGAGAAGGGCGCGAGAGAGAGAGAGAGAGAGAGAGAGAGAGAGAGAGAGAGAGAGAGAGAGAGAGAGAGAAAGGAAGGAAGGAAGGAAGGGAGGGGCACAAAAUGGGAGCAGCGAAAUUCGUGCUCGGUAGUGCGAUUCUCGGACUCUUUUGGAGCUGUUUGCUGAUGAAAGGUGUCCUGACGAAUUCGACGAACAGGUGCGACUAUUCGCCCUGCUCCUGCGAUCACUACGGCAGGUUGACCUGCGACUGCAAAGAGGAAGGAGAGGAAUUGAUCCUGAGCACGGAAAGCGACAGGAAGUUGAGUCCGCACACGAGCCGGAUAGUCGUGAGCAAUUGCUCGUCCGUGAUCGUAGCAAACUCGAGUUUGACAUCGAUGGCUGGUCUACGAUCAGUGGAUCUGGUGAACGUGGCAAAUCUCAGCCUAGUCCGGCAUAGCUUCAAACUUUCGCCUCGCAGCGCGCGCACAAGGAUAUCCGUGAGGAACUGCAGCAUCGACGUGCUUCCUAGUUUCGUGUUUGGUGGCGACGUGGAAGCGAUAAGCUUCGAGAACGUGAGGAUAGGUCAGUUGAGCGCAUUCGCCUUCGCGAAUCUCUUUCACACGGAUACCCUCAGGCUGGAGAAUUGUCAGAUCGAGAGUACGGAGGCGCAAUCCUUCAAGAAGUUCGACGUGGGAUACUUGCACGUGAUCGGUGGUAGUUUCGGAGAGCAAGUGCCGAGCCGUACGAUGAACGACAUAGAGGUACACCACAAGUUCAUGCUCGACGGUGUCAAAAUGGGUAUGGUUAGGAGCGAGGCAUUCAUAGUUCGGAGUCCACGUACCGUUGCGAUUCAAAACUGUCUGAUCGACGGUCUCGAGAGCGAAGCCUUUGAUGUGACGGCUCGAGGAGCCGUAAUAAUAAAGAAUAAUACCUUCGGUGGUCUAGCCGUGGGUGCGUUUCUCGGUAUACGAGCGGAUCCAGAAACGAGGCCACCACCGGCUUCCUCCUCUUCCGCGAAUUUACACGACCUCAUAUUUAAGAACAACAGCAUGUCUACGUUCGAGGAAGGUUCACUGAUGUUCGAUCGUUCGAGCUUUCGCCCGGAACUCGACGAUCUCUUGGUAAAACAGCCCUGCGACUGCCAGAUGUUACCCUUGUGGAGGAAUAACGUUCUAAAUUACACAAACGUAUAUUCGAGAUUCUACAUGAGGCAAAACGCAGUGAUGCCGCCGAUUUUAUCAUCCCAAGACUCGAUCGAAACACCAGAAACAUUUCUCUUCUGCGUGGACGGCCACGCGGAAGACGCGACUACAGCGAGCUUUACCGAUUACGAAGCACGACAUUGCUCUCUCGGUGGAUCGAUGCUCGUACUUAUACUCGUCAUAGUCGGCAUUCUCGCUACCCUUCUCAUCCUCGCCUGUCUGAUCGUUUGGUGUUGCAAAAGACGACGUCGGAACGAUAGAAAACGAUGGAUGAGCGUACCGACGAAUGCACCGGACGUCGUCUCGAAGAAGAAUGGCGUAAUCGGUAGAGAAACAGCCACGUCGGGUACUCCGGUAGACAGCAGGAUAACUAUGGUCGUGCCUGAUGGCAGACUUUACAGAGAAACCGAGUUUCACGUAAUCGUCGAAAAGGCCGAACCCUUGACCACGGAAUUGUAACGAGAAGCUUCGUACGACUCGACGCGUUCCACGAACGAUCGGAUUCACCAUUUCGAGGAUCAUCAAAGUAAAAUGGAACCGUUGGGCUCGUCUUCCGCCGCCGCCAACACCACCGCCACUUCCUGUCGUUUUCGAGUGUACAAGCUUUGAUACGACGUAUCGUAGAAGAAAUAAAGAGGGAAAUAACAACGAUAAAGAAGAGACGAACCUUGAGCGUGUGUGUUUGUGCGCGUAUUUCUUCUUUCUCAUCUAAACGAUCUAAGGGAAUAAAAAAAGGAAGAAGAACACGGAACGUUUUCGAUAAACGCUAUCGUACCUCCUUGCGGGUUCCUCAAAACUUUUUUCACGUUUACGUACGUGUAUUAUAUGCGAUAAGGAAAAAAAAAAGAUAUCUAUAUGUAUAAGUCGAUAAUGAGAUAAGCGUUCUGCGAUGAAGAAAAAAAAAACAAACUAUAAUGUCCUUGAAGUAAUCCUACGUCUUGGAAUAACGAUCAAUGUCAAAACUCUCUAUUCACUCUUGAAUUCAUUUAGUCGAGCAUUCUCUAUUAGUACAAGACAGUUCGUAAGCUUCCAUUAACAUAUCACGAAGCACGAGUACCGAUUAUCCGAGCGUGUCCUUCUCAUUCCUUCGACCUCCUCCAUCUUAUUGUUUUCUUUCUUACUUUCUUUCUUUCUUUCUUUUUUUCUUUCUUAUUUACUUACUCUGAGGCGGUCACGUUCCUCUCGGCGGUAAAGAGAUUUCCGAUCGAGGUCACGAGGACGGUUAAUCGGUCGUCGUUGCUAGUUAAGUUUAUAUCGUUAGGUAGCUUUCGAGAAACGGCUGGUUAUCUACGUACGAAGAAGACGACGUACCACAUUCAAGUUGUACGAGAAAACAGUGAGAUGAGUUUCUUCAUUUGAAAUUCCAUUCGUAGCUUUCAAAAGCAUGGAUUCGUUCCGAUGGAUGGAUGGAUGGAUGGACUACCGCUAAAAUCUUUCACGAACUUAAUCUCUCGUAAUUUUUAAUUCGAUUUUUAAUUCUAAAGAAACCAGUCAGAAUUAUUAAAUGUACGAUUCACGAAGAUCCACGAACCAUCACAUACAAACACCGCCUACACAUGUAUUCUCCAUAGAAACAGAUUAACGUAGCGAAGACUCGAAAAAUAAAUUCACCUAAAUCGUUCCUCUUCCAAGAUUCAAUAACGAUAUAAACGCCGAAAUAAAAUCUCAUUUUUCAUUGAAUAAUUAAUUUAGAAAACCAUAUUGAAAUCGCUUAAAUAUUCUCGAGACCAAAGACUCGAGAGAGAAGACAAAGGAGAUAGGGAAUGUUCUAUUUUCGAAGAAUCGAUUCGAAAAACAACACUCUGGUGAGAUGCGGAUUCGCACUAGAAGAAGAUCCUAAUAAGUUCAACGAUAAAAAAUGUUGAUUCUUUAGGCUUGUAAAAGCUAUCUGAUACUUGCGCGAGAGUCCAUGCAUUAUUAAUGCGCACUCGUCCCUUUGUAACGAUAUUCCAGAGGUAGUUUCUCUUAGCCUCGAGCGAUAUCGCGCGCAGAAAUUGGGCCUCGAAGCUUCCGAGAUUAUUGCGCGCGACGACCUUCGUCGAGUCGUUACCUUGAGCCUUGAGGAAAUCUCAAGGUAGAUACACUAUUAACGUCAGUUGCGAGCGUGAACAGUGCUGCAACUUGGAGUACGUGCGCGCGCGUACUCGUUAGAACCUAUGCGAGUAUACGUCUAGCGAUUAUCGCUUUUUGGCGAGAAUUAAGUUUUCUAAUGACCGUUUAGUUGUAAUUAUCGUGAAACUGUGAUAUACCGACAGCUGACUAUGUAAUUUGUUUUACAUCGAACGACGUAUGAUCGACGAUGAAGAAUAAAGAUCACGCUAAAUACCUAA